GGUGCGGGGGUUGUCGGCGGCUGGAAGCUGGUUGAGCCGGCCUCUCGGAGCACCGCCUGCGCUUCCGGGGGCCUGGAGCCUGCCUCUCGCAUCUUCCCGAUAGGCGGCGCGGGAGCGGAGAUUUGAGGGCCGGGUCGGGCGGUUCCCCUCCUCCCCUCCAUGUGAGCAGUUUUCUGAAACCCCGUCCCCGAAGGGCUGCCGAGAGAGGUGGACCGGUGGCCGGGCCGGGAACAUGAGGCAGCGUCUUCUCUUCCUGGCCAGCUUGGUUCUUCUCGUGCUGGCGCCACGACCCCCGGACGCGUCGGGCUCCGGCUCCCACCAGCGACUCGAGAGGCUGGAUUCUUUGCUCUCAGACUACGACAUCCUCUCUUUAUCUAGCAUCCAGCAGCACUCUGUAAGGAAGAGGGAUCUUCAGGCUUCAGCACAUUUAGAAACACUACUAACUUUUUCAGCUUUGAAAAGGCAUUUUAAACUGUAUCUAACAUCAAGUACUGAGCGCUUUUCACAAAAUUUCAAAGUCAUGGUGGUGGAUGGCAAAGCGGAAAGCGAGUAUGCAGUCAGUUGGCAGGACUUCUUCAGCGGCCACGUGGUCGGUGAGCCUGACUCCAGGGUCCUGGCCCACAUAGGAGAUGAUGAUGUUACCAUAAGGAUCAACACAGAUGGGGCAGAGUAUAACAUAGAGCCACUUUGGAGAUUUGUUAAUGAUACUAAAGACAAAAGGAUGCUAGCUUACAGAUCCGAAGACAUCAAGAAUGUUUCGCGCUUGCAGUCUCCCAAAGUAUGUGGCUAUGUGAAAGUGGAAGACGAGGAGCUGAUUCCGGAAGGGCUGAUAGACAGGGAGCCGCCUGGAGAGUUUGUCCAUCGGGUGAAGAGAAGAGCCGACCCGGAUCCCAUGAAGAACACGUGUAAACUACUGGUGGUUGCAGAUCAUCGCUUUUACAAGUACAUGGGCCGAGGGGAGGAGAGCACCACGACCAAUUACCUGAUAGAGCUAAUUGACAGAGUUGAUGACAUCUACCGGAACACUUCGUGGGAUAAUGCAGGCUUUAAAGGUUAUGGAAUACAAAUAGAGCAGAUUCGCAUUCUCAAGUCUCCACAAGAGGUCAGACCUGGCGAAAGGCACUACAACAUGGCGAAGAGUUACCCGCAUGAAGAGAAGGACUCAUGGGAUGUGAAGAUGCUAUUGGAGCAAUUUAGCUUUGAUAUAGCCGAGGAAGCAUCAAAAGUCUGCUUGGCCCACCUUUUCACGUACCAGGAUUUUGACAUGGGAACACUUGGACUGGCCUACGUGGGUUCUCCCAGAGCGAACAGUCAUGGAGGCGUCUGUCCUAAAGCUUAUUAUAGUCCAGUUGGGAAGAAAAAUAUCUAUUUGAAUAGUGGUUUGACCAGCACAAAAAAUUAUGGUAAAACCAUCCUCACAAAGGAAGCGGACCUGGUCACCACUCACGAACUGGGGCACAACUUCGGAGCAGAACACGAUCCGGACGCCCUACCUGAAUGCGCGCCCAACGAAGACCAGGGUGGGAAGUAUGUGAUGUACCCCAUUGCCGUGAGCGGCGAUCACGAGAAUAACAAGAUGUUUUCCAACUGCAGUAAGCAGUCCAUCUAUAAGACCAUUGAGAGCAAGGCCCAGGAGUGCUUCCAGGAGCGCAGCAACAAGGUGUGCGGCAACUCCAGGGUGGAUGAGGGGGAAGAGUGUGACCCUGGGAUCAUGUACCUCAACAACGACACCUGCUGCAACAGUGACUGCACGCUGAAGCCGGGUGUGCAGUGCAGUGACAGGAACAGUCCGUGCUGUAAGAACUGCCAGUUCGAGACGGCCCAGAAGCGGUGCCAGGAGGCCAUCAAUGCUACCUGCAAGGGCGUGUCCUAUUGCACAGGGAACAGCAGCGAGUGCCCCCCACCUGGGAACGCGGAGGAUGACACGGUCUGCCUGGAUCUGGGCAAGUGCAAGGACGGGAAGUGCAUCCCCUUCUGCGAGCGCGAGCAGCAGCUGGAGUCCUGCGCCUGCAAUGAAACCGACAACUCCUGCAAGGUGUGCUGCCGGGACCCGUCUGGCCGGUGUGUGCCUUACGUUGACGCUGAGCAGAAGAACUUAUUUUUGAGGAAAGGGAAGCCGUGUACAGUAGGCUUCUGCGACAUGAACGGCAAAUGUGAGAAACGAGUACAGGACAUGAUCGAGCGGUUCUGGGACUUCAUUGACCAGCUGAGCAUCAACACAUUUGGGAAAUUUUUAGCAGACAACAUCGUGGGGUCCGUCCUGGUUUUCUCCUUGCUGUUCUGGAUUCCCUUCAGCAUUCUUGUCCAUUGUGUGGAUAAGAAGCUGGAUAAGCAGUAUGAGUCUCUGUCCCUGUUCCACCCCAGCAACGUGGAGAUGCUGAGCAGCAUGGACUCGGCCUCUGUGCGCAUCAUCAAGCCUUUCCCCGCCCCCCAGACCCCAGGCCGCCUGCAGCCACUGCCCCCAGGCCCCGUGAUGCUGCCCAUGUCUGCCGCCCUGAAGCUGGAGCACCAGAGGAUGGACACAAUCCAGGAGGACCCCACGCCGACUCUCACGCGGACUCCCACACGGACGAGGACGGCCUCGCAUGCGGACGAGGACGGCCUGGACAAGGACCCGUUCCCCACCAGUAGCACGGCUGCCAAGUCCUUCGAGGACCUCACAGACCACCCGGCCACCCGGAGCGAGAAGGCAGCGUCCUUCAGGCUCCAGCGGCAGAGCCGCGUGGACAGCAAGGAGACGGAGUGCUAGUGCUGGCCCUGGCGCUGCCGUGCGCACGUGUGACCUGAGCUCAGCGUCUCGUGUGAGGGCCCAGGGGGACGAGGAAGCGGCCCGGGGAUGCAGGCCCUGUGCUCACCCUCGUUGAUCCACAGUGGAGAGGGCUGUGGCCACGUGGGCGGUCAGGGAGGGUCUCGCCUGGAGCACAGUCACCUUUCCCACAGAUAACCGCGCUGAGGGUGGAGAGCCAGGCGCUUUCUACACUGUAGUGACCCGACUGUCAGCAUCUGCAGUCAUUUGGGAGGACAACUGGAACUUUUUUUUUUUUUUUUGCCUUCAGGGACAGGAAAGGAGAUAAACCUGGUUAUUCCUUAUCUCCAUCCACACUGUCCCUUUGUUUCCUGGUAUUCCCUGAAGCUUUUCAGAGCAGGGAAAAUCUGACCUGAGAACUAACUUGUCUGUGUCCCUUCCUGACUGAAGCCAGCCCUGCCUGGGUAGGAGGACCGCAGCUACAGCCAGGAUUACGAGGCUCGGCCAGCCCCAUGCAGACCACAGCUCGCUGGUGGUUUCCUGUGUGUAUCCUCACUGCUGCCUGCCCACUCCGGGACCUCACCGUGGGGCCCCUGCACUUAGCCCCAGCCCUUUUAAAGUUUUGAGAUCACCCAGACUGGGCUCCACCUUGGGAUGCGCCUGCCUCCCAGACCCCCCCCGCCCGGCUCCUAAACUUGUUCAGCAUGGGAGUGGACAGCAUGAGCAGGGAUAGCUCGCCGGGACAGCCCGCGAGACUCACUGCAGCAGCCAGCCCAUGACCCGCACCACUCGGGGAGAGCGGCAGGCAUGAGCCGCAUCCCGCGCUCUGUGGAGGCUGCUGCUCUCUGGGAACCCCAGGGCGCUUCCCAGGCCGAGUUGGGAACGCAGAGGGUGACUGACCAAACCUGUGCCGUGAGCGCCUUUCUCCCCAGGCCCUGUACUACGCAGAUGUUACACUAAUACUUGAACUUGUACCUUGUGGUAUUCGCCCACGAUACUAUUUUAGUUACACUUUCAGAAUCUGACAAGUUGAGUGGGGCGUGUGUAUGUGUGACAACUGUCAGCAGAAUGGAAGAAAAACAUUUUUUAUAAAAACAACUCUUUACCUUUUGUGCCAUUUCCAGGAUUAACAGUCUGCUCAGGGUGUUCUGGAGCGAUGGUACUGACGAUACCUGUAUAAUCAAUAAACCUGAAUAUCAUGACAGAA